AUGGUACUCCGCAAAGACCAGCUCGAGCUCAAGCUCAAAGACGAUGAACAACUUAUUCGCCAAGGCGUCCUUCGCAACGAACAUCCCUUUGAUGAUUCCCCAAAGUUUCAUGAGUUCAUACAAGCGUGCCGUCGAGGCGAUCUGAAGCAUUGUCAGGAGUUGAUCUCAGGUGGCGUCAACAUCAAUGGCAAAGACAAGUACGAUUAUACUCCGCUCAUUAUUGCAAGUCUAUGUGGACAUUAUGAACUGGUGCAACUCCUGCUAGAAUCCGGUGCUCUGGCCGAUCCCGAUUCAUUCGAGCGAGAGCGUGCGGUCUACAACGCUCUGAAUAAUAAGAUCCGGAAUCUGCUUCUUUCCUACGAUUACACCAAGAGUGCGGAUCCUUUACAGGCGUGGUCGUCACAUAUCACCUCACUACUUGCCCGCGAGAUUCCGAAGACAACCGACAUCACGCUCCUCACAGCUUCCGAAUCAUUCCAGCUGCAUAAAUUCAUCCUCUCUUCCAGGUCGCCCUAUUUCCGGGAGAAGUUCGCCGAAGCUCCUGAAACUGCUACGUGGAAACUCCCAAAUUCCAUUCCGGUUGAGGCUUUCCGGGUGGUUAUAAGAUAUCUCUACCUUGCUGAGCUGCCACGCGACAUUGUGGGACCUCAGAGUAAAGCCACCGAGGAAGAGGUCUUCAAAGGGAUCGACAGGCUCUGCAAACAGCUCGAAAUCGCUCACUUGUGGGAAGCCGUUCUUUCUACGACCGACCGACGCUUGGCGCGCCAGAGGCACCAAGAUGAGGUUCAGCGUGCUCAGGCUCAGGUAGCGGCCUAUUUUCGGGACACGGUCCUGAAGCACAAGUUUACGGUUGACACUCGUAGGGUGGGUGAUGUGAAAUGGCCGCGAGACAACGCCAUUUCGGCAAACUGUUUGCUGCGUGCGGACGAAUACGACGAGGAAGAGGAAACUGCCGUCGAGCCGAUGGAAGGGUUUACCAUAUCGAGUAAUGGCAUCGGCAUCCCCAUUGGUCCAACAGCGGCGUUAAACUCGAUAAAUGGUGUUUCGAAUGGGAAGAAAAAGCCUAGACGCUCAGUCGUCUUCCCGGUGCACAAAGCCUUUCUCAUCCGUAGUCCCUAUUUCGCAACUAUGUUCUCGUCUGAGUUCAUGGAAGCCAAGGAAACCGAGCAUCUCCAUGUCAUCAAGAUGGACUGUCUUCCUGAAGUCCUUGAGAUCAUCCUUGAAUUUCUCUACACCGAGAAGUCCGACUGCCCGCUUGAACUGGCCCUCGAUCUUCUCUACGCGGCGGAUAUGUUACUACUGGAUAAGCUUAAGACCAAAGCCGCCGUGGCAAUCAGCACCUUAGGUAGCGGCACCAGCAACGCGCUAGUAGACCGAACCCACGGCGGGGCUGCGGAAGAGCUACAAUCACCACCAUCUGCAACCUCGGUUUCGACGCCUUCAAACGGAUUGACUGAAGCGGAUGGACAGCCAGUCGAAGUGGAACCUAUCAAUGUCUACGACGUCAUCCACGCCGCCUGGGAUCUCAAGGUCCAGCGUCUGGAAGAUUUCGCCGCCCGGUACCUAGCCAGCCGAUUGGAGGACUACAUUGACGAAGAAGAAUUCGCCGAGUUGAUCCAGGAAAGUGCAUCCCGGCUCAAGAGACGUGAGGAGACGGACACUAUCGAGUUACUAGACGAUAUAAGGUAUUAUCUGGGUGAGCGGUUCCGGUUCCGGUUCGAGGGUGAUGGCAUUGAAGAGAUGUUGAAUGAGGAGGGCGAGAUUGAUGCUGCCCAGGUAGAAGGACUGGCAGCAGAGGCCGAGGAUGGGGAAAUUCGUCCUGAACAGCCUUCGGACGGGCACAGGGAACCAGAAGGAGAGGACGAGGGAAGAAGCACUGAACGUGAUGCUCAGGAGGGUGGUGGUGGUGGUGGUGGUGGUGGUGUACGAACACUAGACGGGAAGCUGGUUGAGGAUGAGUUCGUAUCGGAUGCGGUCAACUACCACAUCUUGCGCUGGAAAAGAUCGAUAAGUUGCUCGAUCGUCUCAAGCUAG